UACGCGCGAUCAAAAGGAAGGCGAGUCUAUCGAACAAUAUUCGUUCGAAUUAAAAAAGUUGGCAAGUUCUUGUGAGUUUCAAGACUUAAUGGAAACUUAAAUUCGGGACAGACUUAUUUGUGGAAUAAAGGAUCACGCUAUUCGGGAAAGACUGUUACGGGAACCGGAUUUAACAUUGAAGAAAUCAUUAGAUAUUUGUAAUGUGGCGCAAAUUUCGAAGGUGCAAGCCGGAGCUAUAAAAAAAGAAUCUGUGGAGCAUCAUGCCUAUGCCAUACAACGUAAUUAUUCUUGGAACCACGAAGUGCAAGGAACCCCUAGUGAGGGUGGUAUCGAUACGAGUGAUGUGAAUCGGGUGAUGUGGGUAGCUCGGCGAGGAGCGUCUGCGCAUCGAGGAACAGCGCGCGGGUGGCCCCGCGGUCGUAGCCAGCUGUCGCGGGCUCGCGCGCCGUCUGCUCGUCCUCCACUUGUGUCCGCGCCAGGGCAGCGAUGGCAGCCAUCGGUGCAACGAAAUCAGCUGACGCACAAACACGGUCGUGGUGGUGCUAGUGAGAAUAGUGUGUGGUGUUCAAUGUGUGGUUAUGAACAUGGGAGCUCAAGAUGCCCUGCUGCAGGAAAGAGGUGUUUGAACUGUAACCGGCUUGACCACUUUUCCCGAAUGUGUACAGUUUACGAGAUUUGUGCGGACGAGUCAAAUGAUCAGGACGGUCAUACCACCUGAUCGAUGGGGCUACUAGCUAAACAUGCAGAGUGACGACUCGUCAACUAUUGGAAAUAAAAGAAAAUAUUAAAAUGUAAUUACAUGUAUACCUAGUUAUAUAUAAAUUUAGGUUUCCUUACGUAGGUGAUUCUCAGUUCAGUUCAGUGCAAUGGCCUGUAUUAAUAGUCUUUAUACGAGACUUAUUUACCUUAUAAAAUAAAAACUAUGUAAUCAAUUAUUAUAAUAAAAUGUCAUUCGCAUGCAAUAUUAUUGAAAUGCCCAUUGCUCUGAAUGCCUUUUUUUUAUUAGUUGUAUUUGAUAUUAUAUGUCUGUAAUGCAUGUUUAUUUUUGUAAAUAAUACCUAUAUUGUAGGUAUAAAAGCGAAUAUAAAAAAAUAAAAUAAAAUAUUAUAUACAUCUAUAAAAUUUAAAAUGUGUCAAAUAAAAUUAAAAAAAAAAAGUAUUUUUACGGUCUGUAUUACUUACUUACUUUCUUUUUUUUUCUUUUCUUUUUCUUUUCAACUUUCAGAUAAAGUGAAAGUACUAUUCAAGUAGGUAAUUAUAUGUAAGUAUAGAAAUUAUGU